AGCCCUGUGACAAAAAUGAUGUCUGUAAAAUACUCACCAUGCAUCUUAUCAAAUUCAUUGGGGUGUCUACUUUCCAAAAAGGGGUUCUUUGGGGGGGGUGUGUUUGUACUAUCCUGGCAUUUUAGAGCCUCCGAAACUGUGAUAGGUAGUGGUGAACAGGGGCGGACUGACCAUUUGGAAGCUCGGGCACUGCCCGAGGGCCCGGGGUCAGUAGGGGGCCCCAUGAGAUGCCCCUGGUACCUUUUUCAUAGGCUUUUUUGAGUUUGGGCAAGGGCACAGGGGCCCCAUGAUCCCCUAUUGCCCGGGGGCCCCAUGAGUUGUCAGUCUGCCCCUGGAGGUGAUCAU